AGAAACAGUCAAUAAUGUCACAGACAGAGACCUACAUUUACAACACAGAUAUAGUGUGAGAGAAGAAUGAGAGAAGGUAUGGAAAAAGAGAGCAGACAGAGGCAGAGAAAAAAAGAAGAGAGCGACGGAGAGAGAAAACAAGAAGAGAGAUUGAGAGAGGGACUACUCCUUCUUUGCAGACUGAUGAUUCAGACCUUGUCUGCAGUUCAGAGAGAUAAGAGAGAGGAACCAAGGUAUCGCUAUUUACUGUAGAUCUCAAGAAUUUCAGAAAGAGAAUCUACCACUCACAGAUUCAUCAAACAGAUGAACGUGAUACCUUCAGGCGUUUGGAAAUUUCUCCCAAGGAUGAACCAGACUUGUGGAGGUCUACAAUAGAGGCACUGAGUUUGAAGAAAAGCACCACCAAAGACGAGGUAACCAUGACCAUCAACACCACCCAUAACUGCACCGAGUCCCAGAUUAACCUUAUUUUCGUGGGGGUCUACGCCAUUGUCUUCACCGUCGGCCUCUUCCUCAAUCUCACAGCACUGGUAGUCUUCUUCUGUUAUACCAAGUUGUGGUCCCACACCAUGGUCUACAUGACAAACUUGGCCAUCGCAGACCUCCUGCUGGUCCUCACUCUGCCCCUGAGGAUCUACUACCAUCUGGGCUUGUCCGGGUUACCUCAGGUCUUGUGUGAAGGGAUGGGCCUGGUUCUUCUGGUCAACAUGUAUGGCAGCAUAUUCCUCCUCACCUGCAUGUGUUUCGACCGCUGCAUGGCCGUGUGCCUACCCAUGUUGUCCUGGGUCCAGGAGGGGCGUAAGAAAGCCCCGCUGGUCUGCCUUGGGGUGUGGCUGCUCACCGCAGGCGCCAGCCUCCCCAUCUACAUCUCCAAACGCAGAGAGGUGUCCAAGGACAUCCAGGUCAAUUGUUUCGGGAACCUCCCAGUCUACGCCAUGCAGCCCAUGGCGGUCGCCUCGACUUUAACCGUCGGCUUCGGCAUCCCCUUAUUGGUGAUGUUAGUCUGUUCCUGGGCAUUGAUCCAGGCCAUCACAAGGAGCUCCAUAGCCCAAACAGACUUCAUUGACUCUGGGAAGAUUCAGAGGAUGAUCACCAGCAGCCUGGUGAUAUUCCUCACCUGUUUCCUGCCCUACCAUGGGACUCUGGCCCUCCUCUAUGUCCAUAGGGAGGCGAUAACAUGCCCCCUUCUGGCAGCAUACCACUAUAGCCUAAUGGUGGCCUGUCUGAAUGCCAUGUUGGACCCACUAGCCUACUACUUCACAACAGAGACGUUCAGGAAGAAGAUGGAUAAGGAUUCUGUCAGAACAGCUCUUAGGGGAGCAACAGGGGAUCCAGAGGACCAGUCGAUACUUUAAAGACGUUCCAUCAAGGGCGUAACAGUUUCUUAAACAUUAGGGGGAUGGAGUCUAACAUUUGGGCAUUAUGGAUGUUCCCUGUAAACAGUCACAGCUCUGAGGGGAUCAACACGAGGGGAUCCAGAGGAACUGUCAAUACCUAAAAGACUUUAAAUAGUUCAAAUGUGGAGUCUUUAUAACAAUUAUGAAUUUAUAAAAGGAUCCACAGGCAUAUGAUUCUCAUUGUACUUUUGUCCAAUGAAGCCUUGUCUACAGAACUGCAUCGGCGUUUGCAGAUGUAUUACACGAGGCUAAAUGAUGCAGUCCCAGGUGUCCGUGGCUCAAAUGGUGUAGGAAUCUACUGAUUCCUGCUGGUUCUUUGCUUUUGGGAAACCAUGUUUUGUUGACUUUUUAGCCUUUUACUGACAUUGAUUGGUUGAUGAAGAGUAGCUAACUAAACUCCACUCCUUGGUAAAGGAAGUUUCUGAUGAAAUACACCAAUGGAGUGGGGUAGACUGAGGCCAGGCUUUGUGUAAUUCAGCUCCAACUACAUCGAUUCGCUCAAGGUCAAUGCUUAAACAUUUUUUAAUUUA